AUGAUCAUAGACUCCUUCCCGUUGCACACCAAGUACGUCGCCAUGAAACACGACGGCAAAGCUCGCGCCAGGCCUAUAGUGAAGAGGGUGGAGGACCCCGAAGAGAUUCUCGAGAUGUUCGAUCGGAUCUCGUACCAGAAAGCUGCGGCCGUGAUCAGGAUGCUGGAGGACGCGAUUGGGAACUCGAGAUUCGUCCACGGGAUCAGAGACUACUUGCUGACCUACCGAUUUCAAAACGCAGCCUCGCGGGACCUGUUCGAGAUUCUGCAAAACAGCAGUCGUAUCGGCAUCGACAUGGCCGACUUUAUGAGCCGAUGGACCGGUUUCGCCGGAUUUCCGGUGAUCAACGUGGUCCAGGAGAAGAAGAUCUUCAGGUUGUCGCAGCGGCGAUUCACGGCAAGCAAGAAGCUGCACGAGACUCUCGAGUACGUAGCGCAACUUUGUGCAGAAGGUGACAAGAACGUUACACGAUCGUUGCAGCGACGGUAGCUGGACCAUUCCUGUGAA